AUCUUACAUUUGCGGGUGCGCUGUGGUUGAAGGCCGGAUGUGCGGCUUGCUGAGUUAGUUGUAGUCACGGAGCCGAUCAUUUCACACCUCAAACAGUCGUCUAUGCACCGUCAUUGAAAGCGUGUGAAUUCAAAUUAUCAAUCCAAGCUUGUCGACAAACUCGAGAACUACGCGACCGCAGUGGUGCUUUGCAAAUCAGUCGACGUGCGAUAAGAAAAUGAUAAUAAUCGAGAUACAUAUAUAAUAGAUAAAAAUUUAAUUAUUUUUUAAAGACUAUUAAAUCUACAUAAAUUACACGUUUCCGUCAUAAGUUAUAUAUCGUUAUGUCUCUUUGCAAUCUUAUCUUACUAAUUUCGAUCGUUGGCUUCUCAACAUCAUCGUCGAUAAUCCGACCGCAAAGUUUGUUGAUCAUACGUCUCUUACCGCAAUCGACAAGUCUAGGGGAUAUAGCAGAUAGAUGGAAAAAAGUGCAUCCAGAGCCGAAAGCACCACAAAUACAGAUACAUUUGAUGAAGAGUUACGUCUCAUCGGACGAGAAGUGGGCAUUUAGCAAUGAGUACAAAUAUUCGGGUGAAGAUUACGAUGACGCGGCGAAAGCAACAUCAAUGACAGAUGAGAAGAAAGUUUCGCGAGUUGAAACUGAUGAUAUUGAUACGGGAGAAAAGAAAAAACAAAACAAUGCCAGUGUUCAGGAUGUCGUGAUGCCUGACGAGUUUAUUCCACAAAUUGGAUUUAGAAAUAUUAUAACAGCACCUACAUACUGCCCGGCAGGACAAAGAAUGGAUAACAGGGGACGUUGUAGAACUAUUAUAAUGUGAAAAAAGGAAAAGGAGAAGAUAAAAAGGGUAAUAUUUAAAUAUAAUUGGAUUAUUUUAGUCAUUAAAAUCAAUUUUAGUCAGAUUUUCAGAUUUGUAGUGAGAGAAUUGUAAUGAGAGAAUGAAAAUUAUUUUGUUUUAUUAAUAAAAUACUAAAUACUAUAUGUGCAUUGUUCUACAUUCGAAUAUAUAAUUAAUACAAGGCACGCGUCAUGUAAUUCAUAUAAUUGUAGAAGUUUUCCAAAUUUACUGAAAGUAUGUUCUGAUAUACACGUUUUUCAAAUUUAAUGUGCGCUGUAUUUUGCUACCAUAUUCUGUACAUUUGUAGUGAAAACAAAAUAAAUAAUAUAUAUAUGCAAUGGAGGAGCUCUAUUUACAUCGCUACAGUUUUGAAAUUCAUAUUAUAUGUAUUUUCUUUUAUGAGUUGGCAAAAUAUUAAAUCCUGACAAGUAUAGAAACAUUUUCACAAUAAAAGAAAG